AUGGAGAUGAGGAAUGACUCAGCUGUGAGCGAAUUUCUCCUGAUAGGACUUUCGCAGUUCCCCAAGCUCAGGCUUUCUCUCUCCGUGCUCUGCCUCCUCAUGUACCUGGUAAUCCUAGUGGGAAACAGUCUCCUCAUUGUCAUCAGCAUUUUGGAUUCCAGGCUUCAUACCCCCAUGUACUUCUUCCUUGGAAACCUUUCCUUUUUGGACAUCUGUUACACAACCUCAUGGGUUCCUACAAUGCUUGUCGUCUUUCUAUCUGACAGAAAGUCCAUCUCAUUCACUGGCUGUGCUCUUCAGAUGGUCAUCUCUCUUGGCUUGGGAUCCACUGAAUGCGUCCUUCUGGCUGUGAUGGCUUAUGAUAGAUAUGUGGCCAUCUGCAACCCUCUGAGAUACUCUGUCAUCAUGAGCAGGGUGCUCUGUGUGCACAUGGCCGUGUGGUCCUGGGUCACAGGCUGUCUGUUCUCCCUGUUACAAACGGUCCUAACAAUGGUGUUGCCAUUCUGUGGGAACAAUGUGAUUGAUCAUAUUACCUGUGAGAUCCUGGCUCUUCUGAAACUGGUCUGUUCAGAUAUAACCAUCAAUGUACUUAUCAUGACAGUGGCAAGUAUUGUUCUGUUGAUGCUUCCUCUGCUGCUAAUUUUCAUCUCCUAUGUCUUUAUUCUCUCUUCCAUACUGAGUAUUAAUUCUGCUGAAGGAAGAAAGAAAGCCUUUUCCACCUGUUCUGCUCACCUGACAGUUGUCAUCUUAUUCUAUGGUUCAGCCCUUUUUAUGUACAUGAAGCCCAAGUCAAAAGAUACAAAGACAUCUGAUGAGAUCAUUGUGUUGUUUUAUGGAGUGGUGACCCCAAUGAUGAACCCAAUCAUCUACAGCCUGAGAAAUAAGGAAGUGAAAGAAGCUGUGAAGAAAGUUCUGAGCAAAUAUUUCCAUUUAUGGGAAAUGUGA